AUGGCUUACCGAUUUGCCCUGAGCUGUGUACUACUGGCUAGCGUUGGCAUCUGCACCGCGACUUUUGGACAUGAACAUGUACACAUUCGAGUCCAUAUACCUGAGGAGCAUCAUUCUUCAAAAGAAGUGAUAGUGCACGAGCAUCAUGAUGACCACGGACAUGGUGGCGGUGGCGGCGGAGGUGGUGGUGGAGGAUACGGCGGCCACGGAGGAAGUUUUGCAGAUCAUUUACACGGAGGAUUCGCUGACCAUCUAAAAGGAGGCCAUGGAGGUGGUGGCGGAGGCGGCGGCGGCGGUGGCUAUGGAGGUGGACAUGGCGGAGGUUUCGGCGGUGGAGGCCACGAUUUCGGAGGUGACGCUGGAUUUGGCGGUGGCCACGAUUUAGGUGGCGGUCAUGGAGGAUAUUCUGGAGGAGGAUUUGGAGGAGGCCAUGAUAUAGGCGGUGGCCAUGGAGGUGGUGGCGGUCAUGGCAUUGACAUAGGAGGAGGCGGUCAUGGAGGUCACGACUUAGAAGGUGGUCAUGGGGGUGAUAUCGGCGGAGGUUAUGACUUAGGUGGAGGCCAUGGAGGUGGUUAUGACUUGGGCGGUGGUGAUGCUGGAUUUGGAGAUGGCGGUGAUUACGGAGGUGGAUUUGGCGGUGGCCAUGGAGGUGGAUUUGGCGGUGGUCAUGGGGGUGGAUUUGGCGGUGGUCAUGGGGGUGGAUUUGGCGGCGGCAGCCACGGUGGUGGUCACGGAGGUGGCUAUGGAGGUGGCCAUGGAGGUGACUUUGGCAGCGGACACGGAGGUGCAAUUGGAGGUGGUCAUGGAGGUGACCACGGUGGUAGCUUCGGUGGAGGCCAUGGCUCAAGCAGUGGAUUUAAUGGAGGAUUUGGUGGAUAUGGAGGUGGACAUGAUGACCAUGGCAGCAGUGGAUCAGGUGGACAUGAUAGUUAUAGUUCUGGAUUUACUGGUCUUAUUAGCCAUGGAGGUGGAAGUGGAUUUGGAGGAAGCGGAGGUCAUGGUGGAGCCCAUGGAGGGAGCCAUGGGGGAGGCCAUGGAGGUGGACAUGAUAGUUAUUCCAUCGUAAGCCUUGAUUCAUAUGGCAGUGGUGGACACGGCGGAGACAGUUACAGUGUAGGAGGCGGUCAUGGUCACGGCUCUGGAGGCUUCGGUGGAGGACAUGGAGGCGGCUAUAGUGGUGGGUUCGGAGGCUCCGGCGGUCAUGGUGGUCACGGAGGUUUUAGUUUAUCUGACUUAGGAGGCCAUGGAAGCCACGGCAGUCAUAGCGGCAGUGGCCUCGGUAGCUUUGGAGAUAGUUACUCGAACGCGAUAGGCUCAGGUCAUGGGGGCGGCCCUUAUCACAAAAGAAAGUAA